UCUUGGCUUUGGGUUCCGGUCCCGACACACGAGGCCUGAGCAGAGCCGAGCAGCUCCCACACCAGGCCUCCCCCUGGUGUCUGGCCGGGGCAGGGUGCCUCCGGGUGAACGAGGGCAUCGCUGCCUUGGGCCCCUCCCUCCCUGGGGUUUGGCUCCUGCCCACAGGCCGUCAGUGGAAAUCACAGUCUUAGAGCGACAGUCCAGCUCUACUUGAGUCUAUUUUAGACCUCGAGCCCCCCUUUCUCCCCUCCUGCCCCUCCUACUCCACCCAGCUGGUGCUCAAACUGAGGCUGGGGGACUUGAGGUGACCCCCGUGGGGAGGGGCCCGGCCUGUCCAGAGGCUGGAGGCCCACACCCUCCUCCAUCACUUCCAGGGGCCUGGCCAGGCAGCUCAGCUCCAACCACAACAUCCUUUGGGGUUUGGCCUACAGAGCCGGGGCGGAUGACCCCCAAAUAGCCCUGGCAGAUUCCCCCUGACCCACCCUCGCCUCCAGGGCGCAGCCCAGGGUAUAAAAUGGUGCUGGCGGGAGAGGCAGACCAGCCGAAGUCCAGCAGCAGCCCGGGCGGCCACUGACAGCCACGCCAUGAGGCCCCUGACGAUCCUCGCCCUGUUGGCCCUGGCCGUGCUCUGCCUCUGCCCAGCUGGCCCGGCAGAUGCAAAGCCCAGCCGUGCAGAGUCAGGCCGAGGCGCAGCCUUCGUGUCCAAGCAGGAGGGCAGUGAGGUGGUGAGGAGGCUCCGGCGCUACCUGGCCCCUGGGCUGGGUGCCCCAGCCCCCUACCCGGACCCCCUGGAGCCCAAGAGGGAAAUAUGUGAGCUCAACCCCGACUGUGACGAGCUGGCUGACCACAUCGGCUUCCAGGACGCUUACAGGCGCUUCUACGGCAUGGUCUAGAGCAGGCGCCCCCC